UCCACAAGAAUGUCAAGUACUCUAUGACAUUGACAUUUUAUCGUGUUUUUCAUUUUGGUUGGUCGUGCUAAAUUGCGUAUAUUCCACAAAAAUACUUUGAUAUGAGUUUACAUACUUUACUAGUUUGGUGUCCAUAGUAAAGAAAAUAUUUUGGUGAUUUAUCCUAAUGUAAACAAUUUGUUUAUUUUGCGAUCAAAUUUGUUGCGAAAAUGGCUGAAAAGCCUGAAAAACCAGUUCCAGCGAGCAGCAACAGCCAGCCAAUCGUGAAAAUAGGCCAUUACACACUUGGUGCAACAUUAGGUGUCGGAACUUUCGGUAAAGUAAAGAUUGGAGAACACCAACUAACCAAGCACAAGGUUGCAGUGAAGAUUCUAAACAGACAGAAAAUAAAAUCUCUAGAUGUCGUGGGAAAGAUCAGACGCGAGAUUCAAAAUCUCAAAUUAUUCAGACAUCCUCAUAUUAUUAAAUUGUACCAGGUCAUAUCAACCCCAACAGACAUAUUCAUGAUAAUGGAAUAUGUUUCUGGCGGUGAACUAUUUGACUAUAUAGUGAAGAGGGGAAAGCUCCAAGAGCAUGAGGCUCGCAGGUUUUUCCAGCAAAUUAUCUCAGGAGUGGACUACUGUCACCGGCACAUGAUUGUGCACAGAGAUCUCAAGCCAGAGAACUUGCUGUUAGACCACAACAUGCAUGUCAAGAUAGCAGAUUUUGGACUCUCGAAUAUGAUGAUGGAUGGAGAGUUUUUAAGGACUUCUUGUGGUUCGCCUAAUUAUGCUGCUCCUGAAGUGAUAUCGGGGAAGCUUUACGCUGGGCCUGAAGUAGACGUGUGGUCGUGCGGAGUGAUCCUCUAUGCUCUCCUCUGCGGUACAUUACCAUUCGACGACGAACACGUCCCAACACUAUUCAGAAAGAUCAAGUCUGGAAUAUUCCCAAUUCCAGAGUAUCUAAACAAGAGUGUUGUUAGUUUGCUGUGUAUGAUGCUGCAAGUAGAUCCGAUGAAGCGAGCCACCAUCGAAGAUGUAAAGAAACACGAUUGGUUCCAGAAGGAUCUCCCUGGAUAUCUGUUUCCAUCGCCCGUUGAACAGGACAGCAGCGUGAUCGACACGGAGGCAAUAUCGGAGGUGUGCGACAAGUUCGGCGUGAAGGAGCACGAGGUGCACAACGCGCUGCUGAGCGGCGACCCGCACGACCAGCUCGCCAUCGCGUACCACUUGAUCAUAGACAACAAGCGUAUCGCUGAUGAGGCCGCUAAGGCGGAGAUCAAGGACUUCUAUGUUGCUGGCGGCGCGCACGCGGAGCCGGCGCGGCCGCACCCCGAGCGCAUCGCCCCGCUGCGCGACAGCGGCGCCGCGCACCCGCCGCAGGACAAGGCCAAGGGCACGCCCGUCAAACGGGCUAAAUGGCACUUAGGUAUAAGAUCACAAAGCAAGCCGAACGACAUUAUGCUAGAAGUGUUCCGCGCCAUGAAAGCGCUCGACUACGAAUGGAAAGUGAUAAACCCAUACCACGUCAGAGUGCGCACGCUAAACAAAAUGACGGAAAAACACGUGAAAAUGUCCCUUCAGCUGUACCAAGUGGACUACAAAUCCUACCUUCUGGAUUUCAAAUCUCUAUCGGGAGAGCGUGAGGAGUCUGAAGAGGACGCGUCUCCCCUCGCUCCCCCGGCUCCCCCCUCCCUACCCGUCACCCCCGCCGGCGCCCAGGGUCACCACACCAUGGAGUUCUUCGAGAUGUGCGCUGCUCUCAUCAUACAACUCGCUCGGUAACCGACCAUCGUGACGUACCAUAGAUACCGCAUUGACAUGCAUGUGUGGGCAUUAAGUAAGCAACCAAGAGUGAAUUAGAAAUGCUUGAUCAAUCAUCUAUAUUCGAAAGUCAAACAUUAACGGGCUUGCGUGAAUUGACCAAUCAGAUCGCUUUAUUGCUAUGCAAUGCUCGUGCGCUGUUCGUGCGGUAUCUAUUGGAAGUAAUCUAUGGACGCGCAAACAUGGCGUCUAGUCCCGCCUGUUUGUACAAACUGACAAAAACAUCGACAUGCAAUAUGAGAAAGAUAAUCAUCAAUUUUCCAUUGUUGUGUCUUUUCCCCUAUAUUUAUAGAGCUUUUUCUAACGUGAGCGCCAACGACACUGACACGCAGAUAAUGUAACAUGUAACAAUGUAUAGAAUCGCUGGCACACACUUGAUUGUAGUACAAAAUGAAAUUAAAUCUGCGAUAGGUUGCGUUGCGUCGCCUACGUAUUGGCACUCGCUUAGCCUUUGAUGUGGGCUGAUAAAAUACCGCAGACAAUGCUUUGGACAUCUUUAAUUAUUCUUGCAAUCAAUUGAUUAAAAGCAUUGUUCGAAAAUGGGAUUCGAGUACUUAUUCGUUUGACAUAGUAGUAUAGGCGUUGUGACGGUAACAUCGAUUGUCUUGUCCAUCGAACCCAAUCUCUGUCACCAUUUUUGCCCACUAAUACUAUUAGAGCAAUAUUUAAAUAUAGAUAACAGUCUUUCGAUAGGUCUUAUGCUGCUUCAUCCUAAUAUGUUUUCAUAAAAAACAUCGCCUUACAUAUUGGUUAAAAUCAUAUUUAUCAGUAUUGCUACAGUAAUCAUGAACCUAUAAUCAUUGUUAAAAUCUAUAUUUCCCUUUCGUGGCGAAGGACUAGGGCACACAUACUUUUAUAGCGUACUGACGUUCGAACGAAAUUAAGACGCGCAUUAAACAAGAUUCAGUGGUGUAGUUUGGAACUGAUAUGUGCUAAAAACGCGCGAUGUCAAUUACAAAAUGGCGCGUGCAUGAGUCCAAAAUUUAAAAAUUGCAUACUCGGUUUAUUUUUUUAAAACAAUAUCUUGUAGAAUUUUCCACAACAAAUAAGCAAUAACUGAGCCUUAGCUUCAAUAAUAAGUAAAAUAAAGACAUCUCAAAACAGCCAGCCCUAUAACUAUAUUCCGUAACUGGCUGUUCAGAGGAUAUCGGUGCCCUGUAAAAAACAUACCGAUUCGGAAAACUUAAGCCGUACAGCCUUAGAAUGCGAUAUAGCUAUUCCCAAUCUUUUGACCAGACUGAAUAUAGUCACAAGCUGCCUGAUAGGCAUAGCUUUUACCUACAUAUUGGAUGACAGAAAUAGAAAGCGUUUGAAAUAACUAACUUCGGGUAAUAAAGAUUGGGAAUGCCAAUAUUGGAGGUUGUCCUGAUUCUAAAUAAACCUGGGGAACAAAUGAAAUGGGGCAGAGGAAAUCCAAUGCUCAUAACUAAUAAUGAAUUUAAAUAGAACACCAUAUAUUUAUCACAGUUGUUACAAAAAUACGCCUCGACAUAUUAUAGCUUUCGCGUAAUAAAAUAAAUAUAAUGUUGAAUAAUUUUAGUAUUUUUCCAUAGUAAUAGUCAGACUGCCUUAUUGGGUGCAUAGUAGGAACUACAUCAGAACUAUAUUAUAAUAAGAUACUAUAAUCUCGUUUUCUUAUAAUUUUCGCCUACAGUAUUAAUUUUGCUGAACCUUCCCCUUAUUCCUACGAUAAAAAGCAAUCGCUUAUUUAUGGUUAACAUACCAAAGUGAAGAAUAAAUAGGAAGUGCCUUUUGUAUAAUAAAAAGUGGUUUGCGAGUAAUUUAAAUUAAUUUUGACCUGAAUAAGGAGAAUGUUUAUACUGGUAAAGGUUUCUUUACAUUGUGAAAGUAAAUUAGACGUAAGUUGGUAACAUUGGCGGCAGAUUGUGAACUUUGUUGUAAUUUAAUAUUUUAGUCUCUGGCCAAUAUAUUUUUUUUAUUUGGCCGAGCUGUAGUGUACAAAUUAUUUAUUGUACAGCUUUGAAUAUGUGUAUAAAGCAAUUCAACAUUUAAUUUUAGUCGAUCAUUAUUAAAAUCUCUUAGUUUUAGUAA